GGCGCGGCGGAGGAGGCCGCGGCCUGGGCAGGGGCCGGGGGAGCUGGCGUGGCGGGAAAUGGCGGCCGGGCCGGGCUGAGGGGAGAGGGGACGCGACCACGGCCGCGGCCAUGAGGCUGCUGCGCGCCCUGCUGCGCUGCGCCGCCCCGGGCAGUAUCCCGCAGCAGGUGGACUUCUACUCCCGCUUCUCCCCCUCACCGCUCUCCAUGAAGCAGUUCCUGGACUUCGGAUCUGAAAAUGCUUGUGAAAAGACUUCAUUUAUGUUUCUGCGACAAGAGUUGCCUGUGAGAUUGGCAAACAUAAUGAAGGAAAUAAGCCUGCUUCCAGACAACCUCCUAAGAACACCUUCAGUUCAGCUGGUGCAGAGCUGGUAUGUCCAAAGUCUUCAGGAGAUCCUUGACUUCAAGGACAAAAGCUCAGAAGAUUCAGGGGCUGUUCAUAGUUUUACAGAUACUGUGAUAAAAAUUCGGAAUCGACACAAUGAUGUAAUUCCUACGAUGGCUCAAGGGGUAAUAGAGUACAAGGAAAGCUUUGGCAUUGAUCCAGUGACCUCACAGAAUGUGCAGUAUUUUUUAGACCGUUUCUACAUGAGUCGCAUUUCAAUUAGAAUGCUCCUUAAUCAACACUCAUUACUGUUUGGUGGGAAAAUUAAUCCAGCUCAUCCAAAACACAUUGGAAGCAUCGAUCCUACCUGCAAUGUUGUUGAAGUUAUUAAAGAUGGUUAUGAAAGCGCAAAAAGACUUUGUGAUUUAUAUUACAUGAGCUCUCCAGAACUCAUCCUUGAAGAGCUGAAUGCUAAAUCAACAGGACAGCCCAUGCAAGUGGUGUAUGUGCCAUCACAUCUCUAUCACAUGGUUUUCGAACUUUUCAAGAAUGCAAUGAGAGCCACCAUGGAACAUCAUGUUGAUCGAUGCAUUUAUCCUCCGAUUCAUGUACACGUCACGUUGGGAAAUGAGGAUUUAACUGUGAAGAUGAGUGAUCGUGGUGGAGGUGUUCCUAUGAGGAAAAUUGACAGACUUUUCAACUACAUGUAUUCAACAGCACCACGUCCACGUGUUGAGACGUCACGAGCUACACCUUUGGCUGGAUUUGGUUAUGGCUUACCCAUAUCUCGUCUGUAUGCGCAGUACUUCCAAGGAGAUCUCAAACUGUAUUCCUUAGAAGGCUAUGGUACAGAUGCAGUUAUUUACAUAAAGGCCUUAUCAACAGAAUCCAUUGAAAGACUCCCUGUAUAUAACAAAGCAGCCUGGAAACAUUAUAAAGCAAACCAUGAAGCAGAUGACUGGUGUGUGCCAAGCAGUGAGCCAAAGGACAUGACCACUUUUCGCAGUACAUAGCUUUUUCCUCAACAGUUCAUAAGAAGUAGGUAUGUCUGUAAAGGGAAUUUAAAAGACCUGACUUACACCAAGAUGCUAAACCGCAUUUGAUAUGUGAAAAUAAUUUUAAGUGGAGUAACUCUUUUCUGGAAUAAAAAAAAAAGAACAAAACACAAGAAAAACCCCAAACUGUACGUACUUCUAAAUUUUAAGCGAGAAGGUCACACUUAAUGUGUUCUACUUUCUAUUUAUGACUACUUUCAGUGGCUAAAUCAACAGAGCAGUAUUUUCAGGUUUUGUAGGGACCAAUGCAAUCUCUUUCAUAUCUGAUGAGAAAUGUAUUAAUUCAUGUAAUUACAAAAUUGUUUUAAUACAAACUAAUGAAAAAGUCCACCAGAAUACUUUUCCGUUACAGAAUAUUCCAGACUAAUGAAAAACUCAUGCAAGAAAUGACGAGUUUAUUGCUGUACCUUUGUACCUGUACGGCACUUUCUCUUCUUUUAUCUUAAGCAUGCUGAAGCCUAAUUUUGCAAAGUUAGAUAUGUUGCCUACACACCUUGCCUACAUCAAGGUUUUCUGCAUCUGUAGAAAUCACACUUAGGUCUGUAGGGAUAAAAAAAAAUAUAAUAAAAAAAAACCAUAUAGCUGCUACCACUGGUAUAAUGUAUCUCAGGUAUGUGGUAUCAGUCCUAUUUCUUUGGUUGUAAUGUGAAUAUUUAAUACAUGUGAAAAAUUACCUUGCCAUGAUCAUUGUGAAUUAGCAAAUAGUUUUGGCUUAUGUACAGUAAAGAUAUGCUGUCUUGCAUUUGCUUAUAUUUCUGUAGGAAAUACCUAAACGCAGGAUCAAUGUUCUAGCCCUAGUGAGAUCUCAGACUCUGGGGUUUGUCAGGUUACAGCUGUAAAUGAUACUAUUUUAAUAAACAGUUUUUUAACAUUUGCUCUUACUAGGGCACCUCUAUUUGUCAAUAAAAACUACCUUCUCAGGAGUAUUUAAGAAAAAGUGGAAUUAACAGUUUUUGAAAAUACCUUUGUAUUUGUGAUAUGCUUCUGGCCUUGUUUAUGUAGUAUCUGGAAGUCACACUAUAGCAUAAAUGAGGUAAGCAGAACGUGUUUAUCAGUCAAAGGCAAACUGUCAACGCAUACUGGGGAAGAUAAAGAGGGGAAUAAGUAUUACAUUUCAGGUACAAAAUCCUUCUUUUAAGAAAGGAUUCAACUUUUUUCAAUGCCUAUUGUGCCAGCUUUGUUCAAAUCACACACACACCCCCCCCCUAUGUUGCACCUGGAUCCCUGUCAUUCCUGAACAUUUUAGGAGUGAUGCAGUUAAAGAUACUGAGAACUAAUCCUUUUCUCAGUUAAUUCAUUGCUUGUAAUUCUGUGAUUUUGUACUGCAGCAGAUGUGCAUAAUCCCUCUCAGAAAGAAAAAGCCUAAAUGUUACUAGUUUGGUUUACUAGCUCUGCACAGAGCAGAAGGUGAUAUCACAGGUGAAGGCAAUAGCUGGUAUGUUAGAAAUUGAAGUCAUGCUCUUCUAGUUGUAGCUGAGCCAGAUGGAAGAUUGUCACCUCCUACCUCCCUAGCCUACUUCUGCAAAACGCUAACAUGGCUUUAUACCCUGGUCAGGCUAAUGUAGGUCACUUGAAGAGUAGUGAUUUACAGAGUUGUCUAUAUACACAGUUAGACUGAUGCUCUGAGGGAGGAUUACUCUACUCUAGCUUAAUUGCCACCAGAACAGUACAGGUACCUGCUCCGCUCAAGCUUGUGGGCACUUUGAGAGGUCCCUGUUUUUCUUCUUGACAAGGAUGUGAGGUGGUGACUGGCAGACGUUUCCAUCUGCUUGGCUACAGGAGAAGCUGUAGCUGUUCUUCAACCCUGGAAAAAGCGUGUAUGUGAGAAAUUCCACAUAUUGCAAAGUGGGGCCUAUACAAAAGUUAGAGAGGAUGCCUGCAGCUAUUGCUUUUGCUAAACUAAAGCUGAAAGUUACAGCAAAGGGAUUUUAAAAACUCCACUCUGAAGCUGAACAUUUUAGCUUUUAUGCUAAGUUUUAAAUAUUUAACUAACUUAAUUGAACUGAUUUUAGUAGCACCUGAGAACUACAAGAGAUGUUUCUAAUGAAGCAUUGUUUUCUAGAAAGUCUAUUGAAGUAUUUCAUGUGGUAUUAUUGAAAUAAAACCUCUUUCAUGGUCUCAGCUAGCUACUUAUUGAAUUCCAAUUAUUAAACAACUUCCUGUGUAGUUAUAUUUGUAUCUGUCUCCUCACCCUCCACCUCAAAUGAUUGCGGUGAAAACACAAGUGUAGUAAUAUUUUGCUUUACAAUGUUUAACCCUACUUACAAGUUUGAUCUUUGAUUACUUCUGAUUUAAAUAGAAGUUCUGAAGAUAAUUUUUGUGUUUAAUAUUUUCAUUACUGUACUGAAGUCAUUGCCAACACACUGGUUAAGUUGAAGUGAAUCACUGUAGAAAAUCAGUAUAAUAGCUCAGCUAUCAGAAUGCUGAGAUCAGUAGUUUUGUAUGCAAAUAAGCUCAGUCUUGCACUGUAAAAUUAAUCUUGGUUUGUGUUAAGUUAAUUUUUUGAAGAAUCACUACAUUUAUUCAUUAAAGCUAUUUUGAAAAUUAAA